AUGUCAAGCGAAAGACAAGCGGCGGAUGCUAUCCGAUUCUAUGACUCGAAGUCCUGGGAUUACGAUGCUACCUGGCACAACGACUUCACAAGACGAUUCAUUUCCUAUCUCGACAUACAACCAGGCCAGCAAGUACUGGAUUUGGCGUGUGGCACAGGACUGUUGACUUUCCGUGAGUCAGAGGCGGUAGGACCGCAAGGACAUGUUGUCGGAGUUGAUGUCACCCCUGGUAUGCUUGCAGUCGCUACUCACAGGAAGACUCAAGGAGGCGACAAAUAUGCCAAUACGACUUUCCUCAAGGGCGACGCUUUACAUCUGGACGAAACGGAAGAGCUCAGUGGAAAGCAGUUUGACGUCAUAACAGUGGCUUCUGCCCUUGUCUUGUUCCCCAACCCAAAGACUGCCAUCGAGCACUGGACAGAAUUCCUUAAGCCUGGAGGGGUCAUUGCAAUGGACGCAACACAUCCAAGGAACUUGAUCUCUGGUAUGGUUCUCGAAAGAGUAGCUCGAAGAUUGGAGCUUCCAAUUCCAUACAAUCGAUCAUGGAGCAAAUCAGAAGAUACCUUGAAGCAGAUGCUGGAGUCCGCGGGCCUGGAGGUAGACCAGGUUCUGACUGUCGAGGGCCAAGCUGGAUAUGGCAGACGUUUUUACGAGAUGGAGCAAUGGGACGACUUCUUCGUCGAAAAUGUGAUUGUCAAAGACGUUGCGAGAACGUUUGCAAAUAACGACAUCCGGAGGAAAGCGCAAGGCAUUUACAAAGAGGAGUGGGAAAAGCUGGCGAUAGAUGGCAAGAUUGAGGAGAUCGACUCUGUUUUCCUCGGUAUCGCAAGAAGACCUGCAGACGGUUCGAGAUACAUGCCGCAAGUCAUUCAGGACGAUGUGGUUUUCAAGGGCGGAUGCCGCUGUGGUGGGGUGCAAUACACAUCGAGUGCUCCACCCUCAAAUAUCACGCUGUGUCAUUGCCGCGCAUGCCAGCAAGUAUCAGGCUCUGGCUUCCUUCCAUUCACACAUGUGCCCCGAGGCAGUCUUUCCUUCACGCAUUCGAACACGCGCCAGGUUCUAAGACUAUCGGACGUUGCAGAACGAACCUUCUGCUCGGGUUGUGGUGCUCCGAUAUCCAUGGUCUACACAUCUGAUCCUGACGGUAUGGGGCUGUGCAUGGCCACAGUCGAUCUGGAGAGUCUCAAGACUGAGGUGGCACCCAAGGUUGUGAAGCAUAUCUUUUUGAGGGAGAAGGCGCCGUGGGUGGUGUUGCCCGAAGAUGGGACUGAGCGUUGGGGCACAUCGGAAGAUGCUCACCUGCUCAUGCAGAAGUAG